CUUUUCCGUUUCGCAAUAACGAUGAUCUUUGCAAUAGAGGGGAUUAACAAGAACACAGAACUUCUUCCAAACGUUACGCUGGGUUACUGGAUUUACGAUUCUUGCGGCAUGCCUGAUGUAUCGUUAAAAGCAGCCUUUGAGUUUUUAAGCAGGCCAGAUGCAACAAGUUCCGAAUGCAAAAGAGCUCCCGUGGUUCCCGCUAUCGUCGGGGAUUCUAGAUCGUCAAUGACUUUAGGGAUCGCAUCAUUAAUUGGUCCUUUUAAAAUCCCUGUGGUUAGUUAUCUCGCCACAUGUGCCUGUCUGAGCAACAGACGUGAAUAUCCCUCGUUCUUCAGAACGAUCCCCAGCGAUUACUUUCAGGUGAGGGCGUUGGCUCAGCUCAUUAAGCAUUUCGGAUGGACCUGGAUCGGAACAAUUAGGAGCGACGAUGACUAUGGUAAUUUUGGGAUGCAAGCUUUCAAUGAAGCGAUGGAACAGAUAGGAAUUUGCAUUGCUUUCUCUGAGGCUGUUCACAUAACGUACCCUAGGGAGAAAUUACUUCAAACUAUAGACAUCAUUAAGAAAUCUUCAACAAAGGUAAUAUUAGCUUUCCUAUCGCAAGUGAACAUGAGCAUUUUACUACAAGAAGUUGUACAGCAGAAUGUCACCGGUAUACAAUGGAUAGGAAGCGAGGCUUGGAUCACCACACAGUUUCUACCCCCAAUGGAGAGUAGACUAUUUGUCGUCGGUACAAUUGGAAUCGCGACCCGAAAAGUGCGAUUGCAAGGGUUGAAAGAAUUCCUCAUGCACACUCACCCGUCUCUCUAUCCUGGAAACCCUUUAGUGCAGGAGUUUUGGGAAAAAACGUUCAGCUGCAAGUUAACGAGUACAGAAAGUAACACGGUCGACUCCAAACCAGAUUCGGGGCUUCGAGAAUGCACAGGGAAUGAAACUCUACUUACUGUGCACAACGAAUUCAGUGACGUGUCUGAGUACAGAAUGACCUACAACGUAUAUAAAGCGACCUACGCUAUCGCCCACGCUAUCCAUGAUAUGCUCAGCUGUCAAGAUGGGACCGGACCAUUUCCCAAUCAGAGUUGUGCUAAUAUUUCAAAUUUCCAACCGUGGCAGCUUCUACAUUACAUGAAAACAGUAAAUUUCACGACAAGGAUUGGAGAAAGGGUCUAUUUCGAUAGCAACGGUGAUCCGGUCCCGAUAUAUGACAUCGUAAACUGGCAGCCAACAGACACCGGCGCUGUUACUGUAACUGUGGGACAGUACGAUGGAACGGCGCCCGAAGGAAAGCAAUUUAUAUUAUCUGAAGAGUCAAUCAUAUGGACGAGAGGACAACGCAAGGUUCCAAAGGCCGUUUGCUCUGAAAGCUGUGCUCCCGGAACACGGAAGGCUCCCAGAAAAGGGCAACCUAAAUGUUGCUAUGAUUGUGUACAAUGUCCCCAAGGAGAAAUUAGCAACAACACCGAUUCAACCGGUUGCUUUAAAUGCCCAGCAGAGUACAAGUCCAAUGAGAAACGGGUUGAGUGCAUACCAAAAGAGAUCGAAUUUCUAUCAUUUAAUGAAGUCAUGGGGAUUAUCCUGUUGACGCUGGCAUUGGUUGGAUUCUGUAUGACAAUCCUGGUAUUUGUAACGUUCUAUACUCACAGAAAGACGCCGAUUGUUAAAGCUAACAACUCAGAGCUAAGUUUCCUUCUUCUCGUUGCUUUAAUGCUUUGCUUUCUCUGUUCAGUAACAUUCAUCGGAGAACCGUCAACAUGGUCUUGCACACUUUGCCACACGUCGUUCGGUAUUAUAUUUGUUCUCUGUGUGUCUUGCGUUUUGGGUAAAACGAUAGUUGUUGUCUUGGCGUUCAAAGCGUCUCUGCCCAACAGUAACAUAAUGAAGAGGUAUGGCCCAACCCAGCAGCGACUGACCGUCCUAAGCCUUACUUCUCUACAGUGCUUAAUAUGCACUGUCUGGCUCGCCACAUCGCCGCCAUACCCUCGGAAGAGCACGGAACAUUUUACCGAAAUAAUAAUUUUUGAAUGCAACCUUGGGUCUGAACUUGCCUUUCAUUGCGUGCUGGGUUAUAUUGGAUUUUUGUCCUGUGUGUGUUUUGUGGUCGCCUUUCUAGCCCGGCAACUUCCUGACAACUUCAACGAAGCCAAACACAUCACAUUUAGCAUGCUUAUCUUUUGUGCUGUUUGGAUUACCUUCAUCCCAGCCUACGUGAGUUCUCCUGGGAAGUACACGGUGGCGGUGGAAGUGUUUGCCAUUUUAGCGUCCAGCUAUGCGUUGCUGUUCUGUAUUUUUGCUCCCAAAUGUUACAUUAUACUCUUUAAACGAGAACAGAACACAAAGAGACAUGUCAUGGGAAAAAUCCCUUCCGGAAAGACUUAA